GCACCCACAGUGCAACCAGGUGGUGGUCCCGGAGGUCCCGCCCCGACGGCCCCCACCGCCAGUAGUGUUGCCACCGCCGCGGCAGUGGCCGCCGCCCAGCAGUUGUCGCAACAGCAACAGGGACAAUUGACCACGCAGACUGAGAAACCAUUGCACUAUCAGUAUUUAAAGGAGUUCCGGUGCGAACAGUGUCCGCUGUUUUUGCAACACAAGUGCACCCAACACAAGCCGUUCACGUGUUUCUAUUGGCACUUUUGCAAUCAGCGACGGCGGCGACCAAUCAGGAAACGGGACGGCACUUUCAAUUACUCGCCCGAUGUCUACUGUACCAAAUAUGAUGAGACCACCGGUGUUUGCCCGGAGGGUGACGAGUGUCCAUAUCUGCACCGAACGGCGGGCGACACCGAACGCCGGUACCACUUACGCUACUACAAGACGGGUAUCUGCGUGUACGACACGGACACCCGCGGGUAUUGCGUGAAAAACGGGCCGCACUGCGCCUUCGCCCACGGCCUGCACGACCUGCGCAACCCUGUGUACGACAUACGCGAACUGCAGGCCAUGGAAAGCGGUUGCGGCGGCGGAGGGGGUGGAGGCGGCGGCGUUGGGCUCGGGCUCGGAGGGCUGGGCAAUCAGGGCCUGCAGGGCGGGCUCGAUAUGGACAACGGGAACGGCAAUGGAGGGCCCGGUUCGCUGCCCAACUCGUUGGAUAAGGAGCGCAACGCCCUGAAUGAGGACCCCCGGUGGCAGGACACCGCCUACGUGCUGGCUAAUUAUAAGACCGAGGUGUGCAAACGGCCACCGCGACUGUGUCGACAAGGGUACGCGUGUCCGCAAUUCCACAACAACAAGGACCGCCGGCGAUCGCCCAAGAAGUAUAAAUACCGUUCCACUCCCUGUCCGAACGUGAAACAGGGCGACGAAUGGGGCGACCCCACCAACUGUGACUCACAGGACAACUGUCCGUACUGUCACACGCGUACGGAGCAACAGUUUCACCCGGAGAUUUAUAAAUCCACCAAGUGUAACGAUAUACAACAGACCGGUUACUGCCCACGGGGGCCAUUCUGCGCCUUCGCCCACGUCGAGACCAAU